AUGAAGCUUAAAUUUUUUAAGUUAUUAAUUGUUCUACUUUAUUUAAAUUUAAGUUCUUUAGGAGAAACAGUAGAAUAAGAAAAAUAAAAUAAUAUACCAACAUAAUAACAAUAUUAUUCAUAAAAUAAUUUUGGUUCUAUUGAAAAAAAUAAAUUGAGAUUAGAAAAUAAAAUUGUGUAAAAAUAAAAUGAAAACAAAUAAGAUAUUCAAUGUUUAGUUGAAAUUAACCAAGAACUGACUGAGGAAAUAAAAAAUAAUAUCGCCAAUUAACUGUAAGAAAGUAUAAAAGAUGACCCAAAUUCUAAACUUACCUUCUUUAAUAAUACAUUUUAAGUUGAAACAGUAAAUCAAAUAAUAAUCAAAGACUUAUUUAUAUAUGACACUAUAAUACUUAACCCUAUUACUAUAUAAACUGUGGAAUCAGUUCUAAUAUAAAACAUAACUAUCUAAGCUCAAGGAGGAUCAAUCUACCUUCCAUGUAUAAAUGAAUGUUACCUUGGCUCUUUUUGGAUAAAAGUGAGCAAUUACAAAUAAAUAAAAAUAUAAGAUAUUAAAAUUAAUGUUUUAUCUAGCGGCAAUAUAGUGCCUUAGAUGAAUUUAUUUAAUUUCUAAUAAGGUGAUAUACUCUCCAUUCAAAAUGUUGAAGUCUUAUAUUACUCUUAAGUGUUUCUUAGUUGUUUAGCUGCUAAUAAUAUUUAGAUAAGCUAAUUCGAAAUACAAGAUUUAGAUAUCUUAGGAGACUAUCCAUUUAUUUCUAUAUACUAUUCUAAUAGUGUUAACCUAAACAAUUUCCGAAUUAUUGAUAAUAGCUUAUAUAAGACAUCUCUAUUUAAUAUCUAAAAUCCUAAAAGUCUCAAUAUGUAUGACUUAACUAUCCUCCAAAACAUAGUUUAUUGCAUAUCUAAACUAAAAUGUUCUCUUUUUAAUAUCGAUGUUGUGGAUAAUUUGCAAAUAUCUUCUGUAAAUGCUUAACUUAACUAUGCCCAGUAGGGAUACGUUUUAUUCUAAUCUACUUAGAGCUAAUAAAUAAUUUUGACUAGUUUUUAUAUUAGACAGAAUAUUUUUAGUGAUUAAUAUAGAGGAGGAAUAUUCAAGGCCUCUUCAAAAGAUUUCAGGGCUUAAGCUCUUUUUAAUAAUAUCACUCUAAUUGAAAGUGGUUCAUCUGAUAAUUAAAAUAUACUAAAAAUUAACCCUAAAAGAAUCAGUUCUUACAAAGCUAUUCAGUUAGAUUUUCCUUCUGUGAUAAUAUUAAGUUCUAAAUUUAUAAACAAUAUUGGAGGAGCUUUAGAAGUUAUGAAUAUCAAUUCAUUUAGGGCAGAAGAAUCUACUUUUAGUUAGAAUAUAGCAUAUUAUGGGGCUGCAAUAACUGCUAGGACUAAUACAAGAGAGUCCACUUUUGUAAUAAUAAAAUCUAACUUUACAUAUAACUAAGGAAUAUGUGUAGCCUAAGGGAAUGGAGGGGCUAUUAAUAUGGAUUACUUAACGAGUCUUAAAAUUUAGUAAUCAAACUUUUUUAAUAAUACAGCUUCAAUAAAUGGAGGAGUAGUAUUCUUUUAGGAAAUAUAGUACAUAUUUAUUGAUAGCAGUAAUUUUAUCUCUAAUUAAGCUCUUUAAUCAGGUGGUGUUUUUUCUGGAAAAGUUAUUUCUGACUAAUUAGUUGUAAUUCAAAGCACAAUGUUUAUGAAUAAAGUACUUUAAAAUGGAGGUAUUUUCAGUAUAGAUCAAAUUUAGAUUUUAAGUUUUAUGAUGAGUGAGUUUAAUGAAAAUAUGGCCUUAUAAAGUGGAGGAAUACUUGCUUCUCUAAAAAUUUUGUAAUAGCUGAACUUCUACUUAUCUAAAUUUAAGUAGAAUUCUGCUGUUUUCUCUACAGGUGGUGUGAUUUAUACUUAAUAAUAAAUAGAAGAAAUAAACAUAAAUGGCUCAUAAUUUGUUUAGAAUUAUGCUAAAGUAGGAGGUGUUUUUGGAUUUAACAUUGCUUACGACGUUAUUAUUUAAGGAAUAAUUUAAUCAGAUCCAGUCACCUAAAUUACUUAAAAUUCUGCUGCUUUUGGAGGAGCAUUUUUUUGUUAAAUGAUUAUGAAUUUAUCAAUAGAUGAUAAAAAAUUAUAGAACAUCGAUUAAAUUAUUACAGGUAACGAAGCUAGCCAAUCUGGAAAUACAAUUUUUUAAGAUAUUUAAGAUAUAAAAUUGGUGAGUGCUACUGAAAUUGAUCAAGAGUUUUAAAAUAAUAACUCAUAAAUUUUAUAAAUAGAAGAACUGUAAAUAUAUUAAGAAAAUAUUUUUAAAACUUACAAAGUUAAAAAUGUUAAAUCAAAUUCUUUUGUUAAAUUAAAUUUAAUACUAUCUGAUGAUAAUAAAAAUUAGAUGAUUUAUUAACCAAAAAAUAUUCAAAUUUAUCCGAAUCUUACUGAAAUUCAAAGCACACAAUAUUCAUAAAGCUAUUUUGCAUAAUUAUAAAUAAACAACCAAACAAAUAUUCUUCCAUCAGAAAAAAUAGAAGAUGUAACCAAUCAAAUUACUUCUUUGGAAUAAACUCCAGAUGGUUCUUUCGAGCUGAUAUACUAAAUUAACUUUAGGCCUAACAUUACACUAAAUACAACUCUACAAAUUUUUCCAUAAAUAGCUUCCGUUAAAAAUAUUUAAAUUAUAUGGGAAUUUAGGGAGUGUGUUGUAGGAGAAGUCUAUAUUUCACAAGGAGGUCUUCCUUUGUGUUUUUCUUGUCCAAACCACACAUUCAGCUUUCAAAAUCCUUAUAGUGUUAAGUCUUGUCUACCUAUUCCAACAAAAGGUGUUAAUGAAUCUUAUAGAAAUGUGCUCAUUUUGGAAUAAGGAUUUUGGAGAGAAUCUGAAACUUCUUCAGAUAUUUUAGAGUGCUCUAACUCUAAAAUGUCUUGCUUAGGAGGUCAGUUUUAUGGUAAUUAGAUUUGUUAAAAAGGACACAUUGGUCCUUUGUGUGAGCAAUGCGAUUUGGCUGGGUAAUAUUGGAAUUAGUCAUAUACUGAAAACCAUAACUAUUAAUGUUCUUUAUGCUCAGAUAUUUCAUAUAACACUGUUAAAUUAGUGCUAACCUUUUUAGCUAUAAUGAUCUUUUCAGCUAUUGUUUGUAGAAGUGCUUAUAAAAAUACUCUUAAUACGAUUCUAGGUAAUUAUAUGAGAAAAAUAGGAUUAGGUAUUUUUGGGAAUUCAAUCAUCAAACAAAAUUUAUUUGGAAUUUAUGCUAAGCUGUUUUUGAGUUUCUUAUAGAUUUCUUAGGUGAUUGCAUUAUUUUAAGUGAGACCAUACGGAUUUUUUAGUAUUGUCAUGGAUACCAUGAGUUAGCCAGUGAAUGAGUCUUUGAUAUCUUUUGACUGCUUUCUAAAUUAAACAUCUCAAUCAAAUAUUCUUUUUUAGAAGCUUUUAAUUGUUGCACUUUUGCCAUUCUGUUUUAUCCUUAUUAUAGCAGUCGUCUUUGGCAUUUUAUUUAUAUUUGGAAAGAUAUCAUCGCUAUAGAGACGCUAUUCUUUGUUUACAACAAUAUUUUAUGCACUUAUCAGUUUGCUUCAGUUCAACAUUGUGUUGUUUUUGCUUGAAGCCCAAGCUUGUAGACAGAUAGGCUCUAACUCAUUUGCUUAUUUGGAUUUAUCAAUGAGUUGUGAUAAUUAGACAUUAGUAGCAUAUAGGUACUUCCUCAUGUAUCCUCUUCUUGUUUUAUGGAUUUUAGUCAUACCAGUUGGGCUUGUGACAUUUUUAUGGAAAAGAAAAUCACAACUUUUUGUAAAAAUAAAAAUGCAAUUUAAAUUUCGCUUUUUAUAUACUGAAUACAAAGAAAAUUUUUUUUAUUGGGAGUUCAUUAGAUUAGUCGUUCGCAUUUUAAUUGCCUUUCUAUCGACUGAAUUUUAUGAAGAAAAAAGCAUAAGUGGAUUAACCUGCUUAUUUGUACUGAUCAGCUAUGAAACAAUAUUGAUAAAAUUUUAACCUUUUUUGUCCAACUAAAUUAAUUACUUAGAGUCAGAAAGUAUUUUUAUUGCUAUGUUUACUAUUUUUCUCUCAUUGAUUUAUGAUAAUCUAGCCUAAAGGCAAAAUGAUGUCAACCUAUAAACUUAUUUUUGGCAAUAACCCAGUUAUUUGAUGGGAUUCAUAAUUUUUCUCAUACAGAUAAUAAAUUUUUACUUUGUAUUUAAGUACAUUUAUCUUUCUAUAUAUGCUCUGAUAGAGCAUCAUAGAUAUGUAAGAAAAAUCGAAGACUCUUUAAGAAGGACAUUCCCAAGAUUUACGUUUAUAUUAAAAAAAAGAGUGAAUACAAUAAAGGUGUCUAUGCAUUGGAGUUUAGUGAAGAAACUUAUCGUUUCUGGGUAAGUUUCGAUGGUGAUGAUGAAAAUAAAAUAGCAUUCUGAUUCAGAAAGUUAUAGCUUGAAAUAUGAGCCGGUCUUAUUUGAUCCUAAAGAAAAUAUUAUUUCUCUAAGAGAAACUAGCAGUGAUAAUUGGAAUAAGUCGACAAAGAAUAUGGGUCUCUCAACAGACCAAGAAUCCGAAUUUAUGUAAACUAAAAAUGGAGUAAAACAUGAUAGUGACUCUAUAUUUGACUCAGAUUGCAAACUUAAGCAGAUAAUGCUAAAAGUUGAAAAAAAAGAGUGA